GGCCGCCCAAUCCCGCGGCCCCAUCUCCUCUCCCCGCGUCGCGCGGCCGCGCGGGCACCACCCGCCAGAAGCGCAGCAGAUCGGCCAGGAUGGCAGCGGGGCGCACCCCGUCCGCCACGGCGGCGUCGUUCCCGCCGCCGCCGCCGUGCUUCGACUACCGCGCGGCCGUGCUCGCCGACACGCGCGCCGCGGCGGCGGCGGCGGGCAACCCGGCGCUGGCCGCGCUGGUCGAGUCCGGCGCGCUCGUGCGCGUCCCGCGGCGGCGGUUCGGCCCGGUCCCGGCGUGGCGCCCGCCGGACUUCAUGGAGCCCGAGGAGGUCUGGAUCCUCGGCACGUCGCACCUCUCCCCGGACUCCGUAGCCGACGUCGAGCGCGUCCUCCGCGCCGUCCAGCCCGACAACAUCGUCGUCGAGCUCUGCCGGAGCAGAGCUGGGAUUAUGUACGUGUCCACCGACACUUCCGACGAGCCGCUCUUGAAGUCCAACAUGUUCUCUCUCGGCGGCGCCAAGUUCUUCGGCGCAGUCAACCGAAGCAUCAACCUCGGUGGACAGAGUGCUCUAGCUCUGCGUUUGCUCCUCGCCGUUUUCUCUUCAAAGAUUUCUUCCGGCGCGAACCGGCCAUUCGGAGAGGAGUUUCGAGCAGCUAGGAAGGUGUCUGAAGACAUCGGUGCUCAGCUCGUUCUUGGGGAUCGCCCGAUUGAAAUAACUCUUGAACGAGCAUGGAAGUCUCUCACCUGGGAUCAGAAAACAAAGCUAGUGAUCUCAUUGUUUCGUGGUAUUACUUCGACAACUGACACGCCAGUAAGUUCUAACAUUCACAUUUUCAGUCUUAUUUGCCUAAAAGAAAUCGUUUUCAGUGUUGUUUGUACAAGAGGAUGCGAGUACAAGCAGGAGGAGAAAACUGCCGUCAGCCCAUACGAGUUGUAUCAGAAACUGAGCACAUCAUAUCCCUCACUGUUGCAACCUCUCAUACAUGAACGCGACAUGUUCCUUGCAUGGUCGCUGAAGAGGAGCAAAGCUGUGAACAAGAGCAAAACUGUUGUCGGAGUCGUAGGAAAGGGGCACAUGAAUGGUAUAGUGUAUGCAUUGAUCUCUGAUCAAGGGGACUUGAGGUUUCGUGACCUUGUCGGCAGAGCAUCAUCUGAUACCUGGGUUAGCUCACUCAUCAAGGGCCUGGUCAGGGACACAAUAAUAGGAUUGGUUCUCUGGGCUUUGUAUAAACAGCUGCAGGCUCUGCUAUAGUUAGUGCUGCUGAGCUUCAUCUUGGUGACUGCACAAUUGAAAUACUGAAUAACUGAAUGUUACUAGCUAGCUGUGGAUUGAGGGUUGGAUUGCUAGCUCUGAAUGCAGGAUGUAUACAUUUGUUGAAGCUCAGAUCAGAUUGUUAUUGCAGCUGUUCCCUUUGUUUGUGUCCUGUGGCAAGAGUUGUAACCUGCUCCUCUUCUUGAGAGGCCCCCUGUACUCAGUCCUACUCUGUUUUUUAAUAAAUGUUCAGGCUAACCCAAGGGUUCGCAGUAGUUCCGGUCAAAAAAA